AUGGACCACGCCCUGAACUUGGACGCCGUGAUGGAAGAUGAACCAGAGCUGCUAAGAACAGCAGUUCAUGAGACAAUGGAAGGCCGUUUUGGCCAUGAGCAUGUCGAGCCCGAGAUAAAGGUUGAGGAGAGUGACAAUGGUUACUCACCAACUUCCUCUGCGGUGACCCGCAGACCUUUUCCUGCUGGAGAAGAUGGCUCACGCAGUAUGACUCGCGUGCACUCUCCGAGCCAUGCAGAAAACAGUGAGCCGCCCGCUGAGGACCAACUGGUUGAAGUCUUUGAUGAAACAUCAGGGAACUGGGUUGCUCGUGAGACAUCACAUGCACAACAUGGACAUGACCAUGAUGGUGGUGAAAAUGGAAACGAUGGUUUGGUGAUGAUGGUGAUGUCAGGCAUCAACCGCGGAGACACCUCCGGGAGCAAUGACGUCGGGAUCUAUGGCACCGACGACACCUGUGCAGCCUCUGGAGACUCCAAGACAGAGAUCCACUACACCGACCCGAAGUCCAACGCCUCAAAGGAGCUCUACAGCGGCACCGAAGAUGGCACCGGGCUUCAAGAUGAAGAAGGAGCUGGAGCACCAACAUGUGGAAGAGGCACAGUCGUCUCCGGCAAGCUGGGAAGCAGUGGGUCCUCAUGCAACAGUCCCAGAGACGGUGGAGAUUCAGGACUCUUCGGAGGAGGAGACGCGCGGUUGAGCGCACUUUGGAACGCGCUUGGGGCUUUGAAGAAGAAGAUGCGGCUGGGAGAUCAGUCCCAGCAAAUGGAUGGUGGCUACAACAUGCACUAUGACAACACGGACAACCUCACUACGCCUAUGACCUGCACUACGUCAACCACGCGGCAGAGCACUACGGAUGACAGAGAGCGGAAGCUCAACAAGAAUUCAACCCUUGACUUUGGCAUGCCUGAGACUGAAUGGAAUGGCUCGAGCUCUGUGGAGGACAUCUACAACCUUUCUUCCACAGUGAAUGUGACGAAGAAGAUGGACUUUGUCUACAUGGUCUUCAUCGUCUACAUCAAGGACGAGAAAGCACCUUCGAGCUCUACGACCUCUGAAGCUGAAUCAGAAGAGUUGAUUCGAGAUGGAGAACUUCCAAAUGCCGAACCUGCUCAACAAGCCCCUCAGGAAACCUUCAUCUGCAUCGACAUCGACACGACCGAGGUUUGUGGCUAUGGAACGGAUGAUUUCCCAGCCUUUUUUACGCCAAGGAGCGGUUUGCCAACCUCUUGCCGUGUAGAUGGCCCAGCGGAGGCCGCUGAGCUGUUACAGCAGCAGCUACAGAUCCAGUUGAACUCUGGGAUGGUUCUUGGCGUGCCAGUGCCAGAGCAUUUGGCAGCAGAGGGGCAAUUGGUGGAAGAUGCUACACGGCAGGCAGUGGAUGAGAGCAUGCAGCAGGGCAUCAAGGGAAAUGAGGUGACGCCUUUCUUGCUCAAACGCAUCAACGAGCUGACCGGGGGGGAGUCACUUCGUACCAACAUUGCCUUGAUCAAGCACAACGCGGAGGUUGGUGCGCAGCUUGCCAUCCACUUCGCCAAGUUGGGAUCGUCCAAAUUGUGA